UGUAAACAAAAAUAACGAUUGGUUCUGGUUUAGGUGUUUCAACAGGUUGAAAUUAUGUGCCAGGUUUCAGCCUUCAACAAAGUUGCAGCGCAGGUCAACAUUGUAAGUUUUUCAUUAUCACCGGAAUAGUGCUGCCUGCAAAAUAGUGUGCGAGUCGUGUUGAAUACGGACGGUAGUCCGACGUCAUAAGUUUAGUCAACACGUAGUGAUAUCAUAGCGAAGCUCAGAGACAAUUUCAACGCGCGGAGACAGUCAUGUAUCGUCGAUUCAUUGGUCGUGACGUGUUUUUUGUGAGCGAUAACAUUGUAGCACACAAGUGAACAGCAUGAAUUAAAGUUUCCACUAUAAGACUAGAGGGGGAUUUUGUGCGACAGUACAACACAUCAGUAGGUGAAACAUUCAGCAAGAAACGCUUAUAAACAUACUGCUAGUGAACAUGAGUGGCUCCAGAACGAAGAUUCUACAGAAGAUAGCCAGCCACGGGAGCGAUGUCACGUCGGUUGAUUUUUUUGGCAAUUCUCUGCUGGUCACCGGGUCAAGCGAUAAAACAGUACGCGUCUGGCGAUGGAUAGCUGGCAGUGGAUUUUGUCAGGAACCUUUCUCACCGCUGCUAGGUCACAAAUAUGGAGUGACCUGCGUUCGUGUAUCUCCCAAGGGCGCAGUAUUGGCAUCGGCCUCCGUGGACGGCACCGUCAUCCUGUGGAAUCUUGCUACCGGCGAGGAAACCAACGUCCUAACGCAGCAAGCCGGAGAAGCAAUUCGUGCGUGCGUCUUCAGUCCGAACGGUGCCUCGAUUGUCAGCUCCGAUGACAGUGGAUCCAUAUGCGUCUGGGGUCCAGAUAAAUGUCUCAAAAGAUAUAUGAAGAUUCAUGACGAGGCAAUUCACACCAUUGCCUUCUCCAGCGAUUCGAGCGUCUUGCUGACCGCCUGUACGCUCGGGAACGUUCGAUUUUACGCCGUCGAGGAUGAUUUUGAAGCCGAAAUCUCGAAAGCAGACUGCAUGGUGGACGCAGCGCACGACAUGGGAGUUCUUUCUGCCGAUUUUUGCAAAAUGAUACAUGCCGACCCAACCGAUAACUGUUCGAUAAUUUACACGGUCGCCACCUGUGGAACGGAUCAUUUAAUAAAAAUCUGGCGUUUGUUCUACAUCCCGGCCAACGUGGACCGAAGCCGUAAGUCUCGCCUCAUCCCCACAACACCUCAGGAACAUUUUGCCGGUCAGUCCACGAUCUACAGCACCGCAGUAAUGAAUGCCAGCUGCGCUCAAGUCAUUGCAGCGCACGGCAGUUCGGUUACCUGUGUUAGGUUCAACAGUACGGGUACACUUCUGAUAUCGAGCAGCCUUGAUAAGAAAAUCAAAAUCUGGAACCAGCAGGGAACAUGCCUGAAGACUCUUUCGGAACACACGCGCUACGUCAACUGCCUAGCGGUCAACAGUGACUCGUCGGUGAUUGCGUCCGGAUCGAACGAUCGUACGGUGGUUAUCUGGGAUCUUACCGACAACUUGACGAUCGAAUCGCACAUCACCGGUAUUCGGUCUUUGCUGUUUACGCUGGCCACCAAAACUAGCGAUAUUCCGCUGGAGUUCCUCUGUCCGAUUACCCACGAGAUUAUGAAGGAGCCGGUGUAUGCGGAAGACGGAUUUACGUACGAGCGGGCCGCCAUACAGGAGUGGUUUGGCCGCGAGAAGAUCGUCUCGCCAAUGACCAACGCGGUGCUGUCCACCGAUGAGCUGGUGGAAAAUGGUAAGCUCAAGCAGAAAAUCGACGAAUAUAUCAAAUCGAUGGACCUGGAUAAUUUUGAAUAGAAGAGAUCGCUUUUGUACGUUCUAGAGAGUUUUAACACCAUUCCAUGUAGAGUUUUUGGAUACCUAUUUUUUUACGUACAUACCACAUACUGUCACUAUAUACAGCAUUCAAUUUGGACAGUAUUAUUUUGUGAUAAUAUAUAACCGGGCAAGCAAUUUGUACCUUUGAAAAAUCUAGCACACAGUAGCAGAGAGAAGCCUUCAGGUGUUAAUCAGUGUUUGGUAGUGUAGCAAGAGAGAGAUAGAACUAGUUGUUUGAUGCGUUCAUUUAGAUGUUUUUGUUUACUCAGACAACACGAUGAAUUGCGUCCGGCAAGGUGAGGAGCUUACAGAAUGAAGGUGCACACUUUUUUCUGUGAAAGCAUCGAUAGCUGAUAUGUGUAUAUGUUGGGCUUAGAAUACGUUUCCUGGAGAGUGUGAUAACGAAACGAAUGACGAAAACCACGAGGGUUAGCAAAAAUGAUGACGAUGAUGCAACGCUGGAUUACGGUGACACAUUGCGCGAACUGCCAUGCUGGAUGGAACAGAGUGCGUGUUUCAGCAAUAAAAAAAAACUCAAUCUACCAAGUGCCUAAACCUUUAACUUUUACUGUAGCGAAGUAGGAGAGAAAAAUCAAUUUUGCUAAAUAUAUUUUUAUCUGUCAAAUUUGCUCAUGUUCGAAAUACAUACCAAUUUGUAAAUGUGUUUAA